CCCAAAAGUCACAGGACUCCAGGGGAAAAGCUGUCCCUUGACCUACGAGGCUUCAAAAUGUCGUCCCCUCCACUGUCGACCUUCCCCAUGGAGCUUGAUGCCGGGCUCGUAUCGCAGAGACUGUUGUUGGUGUCGCCAGAACCUGACGUCAUCCAUCACGAGCUUGCAGUGUAUCCCGAGAGCGAAAAUGGCCAAAGAUUUCGCAUUGUCGAGACGAAAUCCUCCGAGGGCAGUACCCGACAAUCCGAACGGUUUCUCGACCUCACUCAGGAUUGUGUCAUCCCCUUGUACACAAUCGUAAGCCUGCCUCGGGUUCACUGGAGCAUGGAACUGGUUUACGGAAACGGGAUUCAACGGAUUGCGUACUCGUUUAGGGAGCGGGCGGAUGCCUUCCGGCUGCAGCAAUACUUCACAGAAUACAGACCGACACAUGCUUUCGAGGGCGUGACAUGCACACUCACAUUCCAGAGCGGGAAGCUGCUCGGAAAAAUGUUCCAAAAUCCCCAGUAUCGGGGUUGCGGCGAGGUUCAACUUUGGUGGCCAGAGACGCAAAGAACACUACAGCCAUCCUUGCUAUCUCCGAUGUCAAGUAACAGGUCCAGUUCACAAGGGACUCGGAUUCAAUCGACCAUCCCCGAGAUUGUCCGACGGUCAACGGCAUUAUCAGUGCAGACCGAUAUCAAUAAGGACAAGGAAAUCGUGGUAUCGCACCGGCCCCAGCCGCCAGUCCUCGUUGCGUUUUUGCAAGACGCCGAUGGGUACACAAUGCUGAAAGCGGACAUAACAUAUCUCGAAUACCCAGUCCCGCAACAGGGCCGUAUCAACAUCCAUGGCCCAAGGGGCGGAACCUUCGCUGUCGACAGGCUUUCGGUGAACAAGUCCCAGCUGGAUCGCUGGAACCUUUGUGCGUUCGACAGGGCCACUCCUGGAAAACCGUCGCCAGUCAGCAAUCUGAAGUCCACAUAUCUGACUCUAGAGUUCAGUGGAACAGAGACUGAACAAUCGGAGACAAUGGGCAAAUUCGAUAAGGCACUCCUGUGGCUCCAAUGUCGCCGGAGGAAAUUAGAUACGGACAUGUCGAUGGUUCAAGCUGAACUCCAUCGAGGACAACCACCUUCGUGGCCCGCCACAGCAACCUCCACCCACACCAGACCCUCGUCAAUGGUGUCAAUGAUGACGCCUCGGAUUCCAAUCCCGACCAGCGUCCCGAAAUUGCCGCCUAUUUCCUCGACCGAGCCUCUAAGCUUACAAAUCGAUGCUGAACUACAAAACGAGCGAACAAGGCGAGUAUUAGACGGGAGAGUAGCUACGGGUCCGUAUGAGAUGGACGACACUAGCCAUUGAAGAGAUUGCUUCUCUCCGCAACGAGUCAUCUGCCUACAACGACCCUCAACCCUACCCAGCUAGGAGGAAGCGAUAUCCCGGGGAGAUUCCCCACUUGAUCUUCGACGAUGCGGUCAUUUGUCUGCCUGUGUACGAAAGUUGCCAUCGCAAUAAUUCGGGGGCUUGGAGCG